AUGGACGCCUUCAGGACCCUCACUGGCGGCUCCCGCUUCGACAAGAAGCGCUUCCACUCCGACAUCACCCACUUUACCCGCAAGCGCACCGCCGACCAUGCCGCUCAACCCGUCGCCGUCGACUACCCGGCCCUCCUGCGCCACCACAAGAUCAAGUACUCGGGCCUCGACCUCCCCAACCCGGUCGCCUCGCUCGACGACCUCGUCCACCGCGCACCCCACCGCGACUCGGCACUGCGCCUCGCCAGCCGCUGGACCGCCAUGGGCAUGAAGGACCCGACCGGCGUCCAGAUGGCCGCUUGGGGCACCAUGCUCGCCGGCCGCGACAUCCUCGCCUGUGCCCCGACGGGCUCGGGCAAGACCUACUCGUUCAUCCUCCCCCUCCUCGCCCUCUUGCCGCCCUCGCCCCCUUCCUCGUCCUCUUCCACCAUUCCGGCACCCGACGCCGCCGCCGCCGCCGCCGACGCCACAGCGCACACGCCGCUCCGCCCUCGCGCCGUCGUCAUCGAGCCGACGCGCGAGCUCGCGAUCCAGGUCCUGCGCGAGGCGCGCCGCCUCGCGGGCUCGACCGACGACGGCACCGACGAGUGGCACGUCGCCGUCCUCGGCGAGGAGGGUGUCGGCGCCGCGCCGCCGAAAAAGGCCAACAAGAAGGCGCGCAAGGAGGCCAAGCGCAAGGCCGAGGAGGACGAGGAGCGCAAGGCCAAGGGCGAGGCGGUUGACGUGGCGGUCGAGACAACGGACGAGACGGCGAGCAAGGAGGACAAGGCGUACACCGGGCCUGUCGACAUCCUCAUCACGACCCCGCUCCGGCUCGUGUUCGCGAUCCAGUCGGGCGCCGUCUCGCUCUCGUCGACGCAGCACAUCAUCCUCGACGAGGCCGACAAGCUGUUCGAGCUCAACUUUCUCGAGCAGACGGACGAGAUCCUCGCCGCGUGCGACAAGGGGCGCGACGUGGCUCGCGACGGCGAGGUGCGCAAGGGCAUGUUCAGCGCGACCAUGCCGAGCUCGGUCGAGGAGCUCGCCAAGGGCGUCAUGGCCGGUGCGGGAGGCGGCAUGGUGCGCGCCAUCGUCGGGCACAAGGAGGCCGCCACGUCGACGAUCGACCAGUCGCUCCUGUUUGUCAACACCGAGGACCACAAGCUCCUGUCGCUGCGCGACCUCAUCUCGGGCGGCACCUUUACGCCGCCGGUCCUCAUCUUUGUCCAGUCGGUCACCCGGGCCAAGGAGCUCGCCAACGAGCUCGUGCUCGACGGCAUCAACGCCGACGCGAUCCACGCCGACCGGUCGCCCGCAGAGCGCGACGACGUCGUCGCACGGUUCGCGAGGGGCGACGUGUGGUGCUUGAUCUGCACCGACGUCAUGAGCCGCGGCGUCGACUUCAAGGGCGUCAAGCUCGUCAUCAACUACGACUUUCCCCAGAGCGCCAUGAGCUACAUCCACCGCAUCGGUCGCACUGGUCGUGCGGGCAAGCCUGGGCGCGCCGUCACCUUCUUCACCAAGGCCGACUCGGGCCACCUUAAGACCAUCGUCAACGUCAUGCGCGCCUCUGGCUGCCCCGUCGCCGACUGGCUCCUCGCGCUCCCGAACCCGUCGCAGGACGCCAAGAAGGCGCUCCGGCUGCGGCCGAUCGGGCGCAAGGACAUCUCGCGCACGCAAGGGAGCGGCGCCGCCGAGCGCGACGACGCCGUCGAGGGCGAGGGCGAGCGCCGCGUCAAGCGCGAGAAGAGGGGGGCCAAGGUGAGGGUCAUGGGCGGCAAGGAGGGCGUGUUCAAGAGGAGGAAGGAGGACGAGGGCGCCAAGGGCACGGGCAAGGGCAAGGGGGACAAGGGCGCCCAGGGCGCGUCGAGCGGGACGGCGGGCAAGAGCGCCGACAAGGAGGAGCGCCCGGGCAAGAAGGCCAAGCGCGAGGUCGCUCUCGACGAGUGAGGCUCCCGGUCCUUUCUCGCGCGCAGGUCAUGGAGAAUACGAUGGUCAUUAGCGGC